AUGUCUGAACUGAUAGAAGGUCUUCCAGACGCUGUUGCCAUCAGGUGCAUUGCACGGGUUCCUUUCUACCUCCACCCCAAGUUAGAGCUUGUUUCUCGUUCAUGGCGAGCUGCCGUGCGUAGCCCCGAGCUGUUUAAAGCCCGACAGGAGGUUGGUUCAGCAGAGGAUCUGCUAUGUGUGUGCGCAUUUGAUCCUGAGAAUUUGUGGCAGCUUUAUGACCCCCUCCGAGACCUUUGGAUUACCCUUCCUGUUCUCCCUUCUAAAAUCAGGCACCUUGCCCACUUUGGUGUUGUCUGUAGUGCAGGAAAGCUAUUUGUGCUUGGUGGUGGUAGUGAUGCUGUUGACCCAUUAACUGGUGAUCAAGAUGGAAGCUUUGCAACAAAUGAAGUCUGGUCAUAUGACCCUGUAUUACGACAAUGGGCAUCACGUGCAUCUAUGCUUGUGCCCCGUGCAAUGUUUGCAUGCUGUGCUUUGAAUGGAAAAAUUGUUGUUGCAGGUGGUUUCACCAGCUGCCGAAAAUCAAUAUCGCUAGCAGAAAUGUAUGAUCCAGAGAAGGAUGUUUGGAUCCCGAUACCUGAUCUCCACCGGACUCACAAUUCAGCAUGCUCUGGAGUAGUUAUUGGGGGAAAGUUGCACGUCUUGCAUAGGGGCUUGUCAACAGUACAAGUUCUGGAAAAUGUAGGGUCUGGGUGGACAGUUGAGGACUAUGGUUGGCUCCAAGGUCCCAUGGCAGUUGUUCAUGAUGCUGUCUAUGUGAUGAGCCAUUGGCUAAUUUUCAAGCAGGAAGGGAAAACCAGGAAAGUGGUGGUUUCAGCAUCUGAGUUCCGGAAAAGGAUUGGAUUUGCUAUGACGGGGCUAGGAGAUGACAUAUAUGUGAUAGGAGGGGUGAUUGGCCCAGAUCAAUGGAAUUGGGAUAUCAAGCCAAUGUCUGGUGUUGAUAUCUUAACUGUUGGGGGUGACAGACCUACAUGGCGCCAGGCAACUCCAAUGACUAGGUGCCGAGGAACAAUCCUAGGAUGUACACAGCUGAGAAUUUAA